AUGCGUCUCCCUUACGUUCCAGACCCCCCACCAACCAACACACCAGACGAAGCCAAAAUCCUAGCCAGCGUCCAAGCACGCCGAGCCCCAAACCCCCUCCUCCCCCUCGACCUAGCCCUCCUCCACUCCUUCCCUGUAACAGAAGGUUGGAACUCUUUUAUCGGCGCAAUCCGCACGCGCACAAGUCUCUCCACUGUCAUCCGCGAGCUAGCAAUUUGUCGGGUGGCAGUAGUCAAUGGUGCACUCUUUGAGUGGGAGCAGCAUGCGCCUCUGCUGACAGAGGGCGGACUAAGCGAUGAAGCGUUGAAGAUUGUCGGGGAUGCGGGGGCUGACUUCUCUACUGAGUCUGGUGCUCAGGCUUUAACGGAGGAGCAGAGGGCUGUGUUGGCUUAUACGGAUGCUAUGACGAAGACGGUUGCGGUUCCUGAUAGGGUUUUUGAGCGGUUGAAGGCCUGCUUCGAUGAGAAAGAGGUUGUUGAGAUUACGGCGACGGUUGCCGCUUAUAAUUGUGUUUCGAGGUUUUUGGUUGCUCUAGAUGUUGGGGAGAAAAAUCACUGA